AUGGAUCGCGAAACCAUCAGACUCAUUGUGGGGAUCAUUGGAAAUGUAAUUUCAUUAUAUCUAUAUCUUUCUCCCACUCCAACGUUUAUAAAUAUCGUGAAACACAAAUCAGUUCAAGCAUUCAAACCAGAUCCAUAUCUUGCAACCCUUUUAAAUUGUGCCAUGUGGCUGUUCUACGGUCUUCCCAUCGUUCAUCCACACAGUCUACUGGUCGUCACGGUUAACAGUGUUGGUGUCGUAAUCGCUUUCACCUUCUGCAACAUCUUUUUCAAGUAUUCCACUUGGAUAUGUCGUAAAAAGAUGAUUAUCGUAUUCAUAUUGGAGGUGAUUUUCAUAGCGGGGAUGGUAGCAUUUACUCUAAUAGUCGAACACACAAAUGACGCGAGAUCUAUGGUUGUCGGACUACUGUGUGUCAUCGUAAAUAUUAUAAUGUAUACAGCUCCGUUAACAGUCAUGAAAACAGUCAUCAAGACGAAGAGCGUAAGGUACAUGCCAAUUUGUUUAUCGUUUGGCAACUUAUUAAACGGAUCGAUUUGGGUCGUUUAUGCUGCCCUUGAAUUCGAUCCUUUCAUCAUGAUUCCCAACGUUAUUGGGGCGAUUUCGGGAAUAAUUCAGAUUGCAUUAUACGUAAAGUACAAGAAAACAACCAACUGGGAAGACGAUGAACCGCCCAACGAGCUUGAAAUGCCUCCAGCACCCUCCAAUGCGUAA